AUGGGAACAGAACAAGAGCAAGAAAAACAGGUGAAGAACCAGAAUCAGUUUUUACAUUCAUGUCCACUGCGUGUUUUUACUACGAUUCAGCAGCGUAGUGACACUCCUCUAUUGGGUCUGUUAGCUGGUCAAUUCGCUUGCGAGAGUACCACGCUCGCCUUUAGAAAUACGGAGAAUCACAGUCUUCUUUCUGACCGAGAGUGUGGACUUUGGAAUUUCGUUGUAUAUGAAGCAAAGGCUGGACAAGUACAAAGACCAAUAAAAGUUUAA